AACUCAAGGCGUGACCUGGAGUUUCAUAUACGUAACGGUAAUGCACGUGUUUACGCUUUUCACGGAAACUAUUGCAAAUAAAAUGAGACGCACAAUCGGAAAGCUAAUACUUAUAAUGAACCCGCUGCAAGUGAAAACAAAUAUGUCCGGAUGUAUAGACCCUACUUACUGCCAAUCAAAGCUCAAUAAGGUUUAUUAUCAUUUUUCACAAGCUGUAUUUCAGGCUUUCAUUAUGAGAUAGCAUUAAUCGCCAACUUGGUAAACAAUGUUUCGGUUUAGUGACUGCUUUAUUUCUUACUUUCAAACUACCGUAUCGUGAUAUUAGUGUAAGGGAGCGUUUCGUAAAGAAUUGCUUAUCCAGUUAGUUUUAUUAGACUCAAACUGGCAGUGAUUUCUGCAAGUUUCAAACGCAAUUUCAUUUCUAUAUGAUAUUUAAAAAAAUAAAGGAUCGGCGCGAGCGAUUAUCAUAUAUUAUAAUAAGCGUUAUCAAAUUCGUAAUAAAUACUGUCGCGUUUCGUAAGGUGAUGCGUGUGUUUUGCAAGUUUUAAUUUUCGCACUUUAUACCUAACAAGAUCAUUAACGCUUUACAAGCGCAAAACCUCGAGUACACCUUCCCGUACGAUGCAUCUAAAUCACCUCACACUGAGUCACACCCUAGCAAAAAGACCGAAACGAGCGAGCAUUACACUCCUCCUAUCCAUCAGAUCUACAAAGCCGCGCUUUCAUAACUCCGCGCAUGUAAUCUCGUCCUCGUAUAAUAGUCCCUUACGCUCUCCUCAGAAAAUCCGCAUCGCGACGCUCGAGAAACAUAAGCCGUUUCAUUGUGAAGUAUCGCCGUUGGUUCGUCGUCGCAGGGCUUCCGCGGAAAACCGGUUGCGCCGCUGGCGCGAGGAAUACCAGUCGCUAUAUGCUAUACAGCGCAGAUCAUUUAUAUUUUUACGUGUGCUAUCCCACCGGGCGCGCGUAAGAAAAUCAUUGGCAGUGGCCACAUAAGGGCGUAUGCAUGCGUAUGCAUGCGUACGCGUGCGGUGAAGUUACUAGAAACAUAUAGUGACUUUUCAUAGAGCCAACUGUUGAAAUUGAUUUCCGGAAUUGACUAAAACUAGUUAUAGAAAACGAAUGCACCACAACAAUUGUAUAACCUCAACCUUCCAACGUGUCUGUCUCACUGAUGGUCUCCAGCAGAUACUCUGCUUUAACAGCGAUUAUCUCCGAAAACAAAAUGUGAUAAUGAAAAUGUGAAAAUAGCGAAAUCGAAAUAUAAUAAAAUAUUAAGUAAUUAUAUGUCUACAACAUUUACAGUACUCUACAAUCAUGAAUUUCAUGGAAAAAACCAUCAUUCGAUUUUAUGCUGCAAAUACUUUUAUGUUCGACCAUCAAGAUGAAAAACAUUAUUCAAAUACAGAAAAAAAUAAUGUUUUAUUAAACAUACAAAAAGCUCUUUCGAAGGAUGGUAUUAAUAUGCCAACAAAGCAAAUUAAGGAGAAAUACAAAUAUCUUAGAGAUAUUUUUGUAAAGACCGAUAAACUAAUUGAAGCGAAACAGAAUCUUACAUAUCUACAAAAGGGCAUAUAUCAGAAGAUGUACUUUAUAAAACCAUUUUUGGUUUCAAGUUCGAAACCUCGAUCCACGUACGAAGUGAAGAGAGAUAUGAAAGUUCAAGAGACUGCUUCAAAAGCUGUAAAUCAAGGAAUACAGGAAUAUUUUAUAUCAACAAAAAGGUCGAUGCCAAAUAAAUAUGUGCAUAUGCUAAAUGAAAAAUUACAGGCUGAAAAUAGCGAUAGACAUGUUCAAAGAAUGAAGUUUUUUAUAAUUUUAAAAUCAAUAAGAAUUUUUAAAGAUUAUUUACAGACUCAGGUAAAACAUGCAGUGUAAAAAGAACAUUGUGUAUUUGUAAAAGCUAAAAAAUACUUUUGAAUAAAAUUUUUCAGUUAAAAAA